AGAGCCAAGAUGGCGGCGCUUUUCAAAGCCCAGAGAGUGGUGAUGGCGUUGGGUCGAGGUGUUCGGUGUUUAACCCAGCUGGCGGAGCUGCCGGAGCUGCAUCAGAUGAUGAGGCAGACGUGUCGAGAUUACGCACAAAAGGAGCUCGCGCCAAUCGCUGGACUGCUGGACAAAGAGCACAGGUUUCCAGCCAAACAGGUUCAGGAGCUGGGAGCGAUGGGUGUGAUGGCUGUGGAGGUGCCAGAGAGUUUGGGUGGAGCAGGAAUGGAUUAUCUGGCCUAUUGUCUGGCUGUGGAGGAGCUCAGCAGAGGAUGUGCAUCGACAGGAGUCAUCGUCAGUGUCAAUAACUCGCUGUACAUUGGUCCAAUUCUGAAGUUUGGCUCAGAGGAACAGAAGAAGCAGUGGAUUACACCCUUCACCACGGGGGAGAAAGUGGGAUGUUUCGCGCUGAGUGAACCAGGAAACGGCAGUGACGCGGGUGCGGCGUCGACAUUAGCGCAGCAGGAGGGAAACGAAUGGGUUCUCAAUGGAACCAAAGCCUGGAUCACCAACAGCUGGGAUGCUUCUGCCACCGUCGUCUUCGCCACUACAGACAAGAGCCUCAAACACAAGGGGAUUAGUGCCUUCCUAGUGCCGAUGCCUCAUCCAGGGCUGUCUUUAGGGAAGAAAGAAGACAAACUGGGAAUUCGAGCUUCAUCCACUGCCAACAUUAUCCUGGAGGACUGUCGAAUCCCGCUCGGAAACAUGCUGGGGGAGCGAGGAAUGGGCUUUAAGAUCGCAAUGCAAACUCUGGACAGCGGGCGGCUGGGGAUCGCAGCACAGGCUCUCGGUAUCGCACAGGCAGCUCUGGACUGUGCCGCUGACUAUGCUCAUAAAAGAACAGCUUUCGGCGCUCCGAUUGGGAAACUGCAGGCAAUACAGUUUAAACUGGCAGACAUGGCCGUGGCUAUAGAGAGUGCUCGACUGCUCACCUGGAAAGCUGCACUUCUGCGCGAUGCAAAGAAACCUUUUACUAAGGAAGCUGCCAUGGCCAAACUGGCAGCAUCUGAAGCUGCUACUUUUGCCUCUCAUCAGGCCAUCCAGGUGCUUGGAGGAAUGGGUUACGUCACAGAUAUGCCUGCGGAAAGACACUACAGAGACGCCCGCAUCACUGAGAUCUACGAGGGAACCAGCGAGAUCCAAAGACUGGUCAUCGCAAACAACAUCCUAAAAGAGUACCAGCAAUAGGAGAGCUGAUGUUUAAUCUGUCACUGUGCCUGGAUUGGCUAAUGGGGUCGGUCACAUGAUCUCAGGACUGUAUUAUUGUGACUGGCCAGUGCUGAAUGAAGAUGUUUUUGAAGUGCAUUUGCUUAUUUGUGCCACAAGAGUGCAGUAGAGCGUCCAGAUCUUCUGCCUUGUAUGGGUCAGAAGGACUAACCACAGUUAAACUGAAAGCCUCACUUGAUGAUUUCACUGGGAAUGUAAAAGCAUAUCUGACUGUACAUAAUGAGUUAUAUGUAUUUCUAAUGCAUUUUAAAAUAAAUAAAUGAUGAUAUUAAGUUUA